AUGUCUCCAUCUUUUUUCGUUGGACACAAGCCAUUGAUACACCUGCUGUCAGUCAUCUCUGCCGUCUACGACUCCCCCCCCCCGAUAUAUUAUGACUUUCCGCCCCAUUGCCCCUCGUGUAUUCUCCCGCUCUUCGUGUCAAUCCGACCAAGACGCGAGCUCCUGUGCGACCGUAAGGACCCUUACGCGCACCUUUCUCCUCGGCGGCUAGCCUUCACCGUCGUAAAGUCGGGGUUCGUGGUGGCCGCGCCCAUGCUCAACGAAGUCAUCUUGGAAAACUUAGAUGAGAACAACCAAAGUGGAGGCGGACGAGGAAGCUUUGGCGGCGGCAGGAUUGGUGGGGACCCUUUCGGUACCAACAUCCGACGGGUGUACGUAGGCCAGGACGGCGAGCUGGUGUUUGAGCGAGCGGGGGAGGAAAAGAAGAGAGAGGAAGGGGACCAAACCGACGGGGACGUGGCCAAGUCCCUGAGCAAGUCCUUCGAGCUCUUCCCAGCCUUGGUGACGACCGUCCCUUUGUCCCGAACCUCAAAGCCCUACCCUUUUCCCGUAAAACAGACUUUUCGGAGAGUGUUGCACAGCGUGAUGACGGUGUCGACACAGCGGCUGCUGGAGUGGCAGGCCGUCUUGCACCUUCCUGCCCGGACGGCCGAUCGUUUGACGAAGGCAAGGCAAGCUGCUGCUAACAUAGCUCUGUCGGCGCUGCGCAAGACGGAGCGCAUGUCUCGGAGCAUGGCAGCCGCCAGGAUGACUCUCACCGCCGCAAGGUCGCUCUUCUUCCAAAACCUGGCUCUCUUCAUCGUGGACGAGCUGUUCCUUGGCGUCCGCGUUGGGCUUACCGAAAGGCGGCGGAGGAGAGACAACCCCUACGCAUGCACGGAUUGGCCGGCGGUGCUGCGGGAACUGCGUAAAAAGUCUGUGGGCAACGCCGCGUUCGCCUUUUGCAUCUGGAUGGCGGGCACCAUUGGCAGCGUCGUCGGCACCAUGGUCUACCCUCCUCGAGGGCCCGAGCUGCUGUCGGUCUUGGCUGAGAUGGGCGCUUCGGCAGUCCUUGGCUAAGGCAGGGAAGAGGGUGUGUU